UGUCACAUGGAUGGUCUCGCGCUGUUUAAGCAAGUCUGGAUAUGUUUCACUGAAUGUUAUCACCCACGUGCAGCAGCGAGCAGGCAUCACUGAGCAGCCUCCCCUCUCUCAGCUCUCUCUUUAGUUGCUGCGCUGAUGUAUAAUAACUCAUUACGUCUCCCACCCCCCGGCCCUUGUUUCAGCGCUGGCUGUUCUCUGCCCUCCUGUUUAGCACUGUGUCCUCUCUCUCUUAGAAACAAACACACAGAGACAGUAAGAAUGAAGAACACGGAUUAAUCAGAAAAUUAUCAUCAGUCUUUGGUGCUGUGCCAUGAAUUCGGGGAUGGAUUAGAGAUUCAGGUUCUCUUUGCUUGAAAUUUCUGUCAUCUCCCAAAAUGAACCAUUUUCAUUUACAGCUAACAGGAUGGUGAAAUGCUCUCAACGUCUCUUUAAGUUAAGUAAAUCGUGGUGUAAGCCAAACUGUCCCUUUCGGCUCCCAGGCUUUUCUAUAGGGCUUCCAUGGAAAACUGAUGAGUCUACUCUGAGAAGGCCUUUCCUCUUAAUUAAUGACCUUGAUCCCAUUGAUAAGAGACUAAUCCACUGUGUGUGUGUAACAGAGAGGGAGAGAGAUACAUAGACAUGAAAUAUUUUCUUUCAUGAGUAUAACUACAUCUAAUUCAGAGCCACUACCACACUUGAAACACUGUGUAUCCUGUGAUUAAACGAAGCAGAGAUCCGAUCUGUUCACCUGAAUCAAAAUACUUAGGGUUGGGUCAAGCCUUUAAAUUGAGUUGAGUAUGCCUUGUACAAAUAAUCACAUGUUGUGUUUCACGGGCUCAGUCUAGAACCUGACCUAUCUGGUACAAGCGGUUCCUUGUUGUUGGUAGCCUCAAUAAAUUAAGGUUAAGUUCUUCACCGAAGAAGCCACACAGGAUUGAGCUUGCUUUUUUAUUUAAUUUGAAGUGUUUCCAAUCAAAAAACAUGUCUGCCACCCUUGUUCCCACAGGAACAAGCAAAUCCAAGCGAUCCAUGGGGGAGUCUGUCUUACUUUUAUCAGUGUAAUAAAGGGAUUUAGUGACUCUGGAUUUUAAUUAAAUUACAGAGCAUUUGUAUUUGUACAGUCAUUGCCCACCCUAAGCUUUAUUUAAAGCUCUCCACGAUAAGCAUUUUCUGGCUUGUAGGACUAAUAGAGAGGAGCUUUAAUGAUGCACUUUCGUGGUCCAGUGCAAAGAGCCUGGAUUAAACUGUAUUUUAAACUAUUAGCAGUAAGACAAACUCCAGGGAACUGGAGUGUCAAAUGCAAUAUUUGAAGGCGAUACAAACUAUCAAAGUUGGGAUGAAAAAUAACAGCAAAAAAUUGAAAAGGGUAUUAGGUUAUCUCAAUAACCGCUUUUUUAAAAGCUGGUGUUUUGAGGUAUGUUGUCACGAGAACUGCUGCUAAGAAGGCUGACCAGUUUCUCAGCAACAUUUCUACGAAUUACAACUAUGUUUCACGCUUUCUGGUCAUCAAAUAUUUUGCAGAGUUAAACUGCCUCGCCACAUAGACAAUGCAUUUUUUUUUUGCAAGACUGUUCACACUGGCAGGCAGGCACACCCCCAUGAAAGGAGACCACAGUUACCAAGUGACAACACAAACACAUAAUCUCUAAAGCUGGUUGAAGAACAGCACAGACCUGUGAGUAUUCUUAUAUGACAAAUAAAAAAAUAGCAACAUUUGUUUAAAGUCUUUAUCAAAAAUGUUCAAAAUGUCUCGUGAUGCUCCCAGUGAAAGAUAGAAUAUAUAAUAUGCUUAUUUUAACAAAAAGAAUGAUAAGGAGGAUAUUUGAGUGGAAACUAUCACACUAAUAUAUUUCAUACAUAUCUCUUUGUAGACAAUAAGGAUGUCUCAUCAUCAGUCUGACACACAGAGUCACACAAGGCCAGAUGUCUUGGAAGGUCGUUUGAGGAGUCAGGAUAGGCCGCUAGCUGUGCUGCUAGAACAAGCUCUCAGAAUCAAAGAGGAGGUGACAGCUGGUCUGCAGUCCAGCCAUGGCUCUGUCCAAAUUGAGGCACUGUCCCGCAAGCUGUUGGAGAAUCACAUACUCACCAUUACACGUAUUGUUAAACAACUCAGCAUGGGCAUACAGGAAUUAGAGAAAGAGAUGGCCCAGCGGGACUCUGUCACCUCUGGAGUGGCACACGCUGUUCAAAACAUGGACCAGAAAAACACAGCUGGCGUCGGAGACCUGAGAGGAAGAGUAGCCAGGUGUGAUUCCAGCAUUGCCAAGCUGAGCGCUGACGUGAGCUUCAGAGAGCAGCAGGUGAUCAGACUGCAGAGGGAGGUUCGAGAGCUCAGCGAAGCUGUGAAUGGACAGCUCAAAGAGCUGGAGGACAAGAUUCAUGUUGAGCUUAGAAGACUGGAGGCCUCACUGACAAAGUCUUCUAAGGACCUAAAAAACUUGAUGUCUGAUCUGCGUAGACAAGUUAAGCUAUUAGAAGACAAAAUGACAGGAGAGCUUGACGAGGGCAAGGAGCAAACAGCAAAAUUGAGGACCUGGACAGAACAACAGCUCAAGAGCUCUCUCCAGUCACAUGCUGAGGACAACCAGGAGCUGGUUUCACUAUUACAAGACAAAAUGUUAGGGGCGGAGUCUAGAUUGGCUGACCGCCUGCUUGCCCUGGAGGCACGUGUGGAGAAGUUUGACAUCCAGCAGAACCAGGCUGAUCGCAGUCGGCAUGAUCAGCUGAAACGCUCAGAAGACAAACUUAGCAGAAGAAUAACCUUAGUGGAGAACAACCUUCAUCAGGAGCUGCAGCUGCUCAAACAGCAGUACCACAAAGGGUUCCAGUCUGUGCAUGAUGCAAUUGAAUCACUGAGUCAGAUAUGUGACAUCAAAUCUCGCCUUGACAAGGAGAAGCUUGAGAAGGAUAUCAGCCACAUCCGCAGCAAGGUGCUCAAGUACUAGUGACAUACGCUGAAGAGGAACUUGUUUUUUCUUGUCACACCUAUCCUGAAGCAAAAGCUUGGAUCAAAGGCUUGGAAGUAAAACCCUCUGGGUGUUACUACAUUCAUCUUUAAAAAUAAAAAAACAAUGCUGUUUUAACUGUAUUUAAUCUACCUGCUCUUUAAAAACCAGGCAAAUGAUCCAGUAAGUACUGUAUAUUAGCAAAUCACAAAGAGCUGCUAUUCACAGUAAGAUACCUACCUUUUCACAACUCACUACAUUUUUAACUUUGCAAUGUAUUGACUGUAAAACCUUUAAAUACCAUUGUACUUAAAUGAUAUCACACUGAUAAACUUGUGUUUUGAAUAUUAUUUUA